UGGCUCCUCAUCAUACUCAUCAUCACUGGGAUUAUAUUUCAGUUGCUUACCCAAAGAUCUCCAGGUAAAUGGCAUCCACCGCCUGUCAUGAGUUAUUUGUCUUCAAACACAUCACAAAGCCCAAAAACCUCACCAGAUUCAGACCAAGAAGAGAUACAGAGACUAAUCAAGCUCAUUGAAUGGCCAGAGGUUGCCAGUGGAGUGGACUUCAUGUCUUCUACAAGUCCAAAGACCACAUUUUAUGCUUUCCUGCAUCCACAAGAAGUCUACCACGUAGGAGAUCGUAUAACUGUUGUCAUAUUUGCUCGGGAUCAUUAUGGUCGACCAAAGUCCUAUGGAGGAGAUUAUUUUCAGGCCAAGUUACAUUCUCCAAAGCUGAAAGCUGGAGUAACAGGUUCAGUCAUUGACCACAGAAAUGGCAACUAUUCAGCCACGUUCCUUCUGCUCUGGCCUGGAGACGCUGAGGUUCACAUCUCUCUGGUACAUUCCAGUGAAGCCGUUUCCAUUCUGAGCAGGAAGAGGGACUCUCGGCCCGACAAGAUUUACUACCACGGAUAUUUCAUCCACAAUGGAAGCAGCGCUACAGUAGAGUGUAAUGUGCAGCCUCCAGGACCUGACAUCUGUACAUACCGUGACGUACAAUCCAGAGAGGAGUGGUUCUGCAACCGGCCAAAGGGCUUUCCCUGCAGUGCCUACCGGGAGCAUUCAGCAGGUGCCAGGCGCCCAAUACUCAAUGCCACCGAGCAGCAAUUCCUACAAAAGUCAAUCACUGAUCAGACAAUUUCAUCAACUCUGAGAAAAAUCACCAUCCUUCCCCGGACAUCCAGCACAGAUGAAAGAAGUGUUUGUAGACCUGGACUCCCCAUUCCGGACCCCUCAGGGUAUUAUUAUCAGGACGUGUGGCAGUCUCGUGUCUGCAGGAACAGACGCUUCACUUCUCCAUCCAACGUCACCUCCUGUCUGAAGGGAAAGGUUGUCUACAUGUUUGGAGAUUCAACACUUCGCCAGUGGUGGGAAUACCUUAUACAUUUCGUCCCAUCUCUACAGAGAGUGGACCUUCAUGUCAGCUAUGCCCCCGGACCCCUUCUGGCCACUGAUGUUGAGCAUGUCUAUCUAGUGCAAUGGCGGGCACACCAGAGGCCUCUCAGCAUGAAGCGCACACGUGUGCAGGAGCUACGCUACAUCGCCAAUGAGCUGGAUAACAUUGGAGGGGGGGAUGAUGGCCUGGUGAUUGUCAUAAACUGUAUGGCGCACUUUGUCUUAUUUCCAGUGACAUUUUAUCUGCAAAGGAUAAGAAAUAUCCGUAAUGCUGUUGUGCGGUUAUUGAAGCGAAGCCCUCAGACCAAGGUCAUCAUCAAAUCCGGUAACACCGGCUUCCUCUAUGAACACGGCAGUGACUGGCUGUCCCUCCAGCUGGACACACUGAUGAGGGCCAUCUUCUCAGGACUUCCAGUCACAUUAUUAGAUGCCUGGCAGAUGACCACCUGCCAUUACCUGCCCAAAGACCUUCACCCCCAAGAGAUCAUAAUCAAGAACAUGGUGGACUCGAUGCUCUCCUACAUUUGUCCAGAAUAGGUUGGUACAGACAACAUUGUGACAGGAAUCCUCAUUAUUAUUGUUAGGACAUAGGACUACAACCUCCAACUU